CGUGAAAAUUAAGCUGGUGAAAAUGUUUCAGAAUUUUUCAGCUUGUAAAUCGAGUUUGUCUGUAGUGACAAGGUCAGCCCAUGCAAGAACAAAAUUCAACAUAUUUUAUCAAAAUUCACUUGUGACAAGAUUCAGUUUGGUAUGUAUACAUCAAAAUCAAAACGCUGGCAUAAGAGAUCAGCCAUGCAGAUUUUACUCCAAUGCAAGGCCUGGCUUUAUUUCCAAAUUCUUGGACAACAUCAAGCAAGAAAUGCAAAAAAACAAGGAAAUGAAAGAAUCUUUGAAGAAGUUCAGAGAAGAAGCUGAGAAAUUAGAACAUUCUGAAGCAUUACAGUCAGCAAGAAAAAAAUUUCACUCUGUCGAAUCGGAGGCCAGCAAAAGUUCUGAGGCAUUAAAAGGAAGGAUCGAAGAGUUCAGUAAAAAGUUUGAAGAAGUUUUACAAGAAACCAGCAAAACUGAAAUGGGAAAAAAAAUGGGAGCUCUGACUGAUGAAAUAUCGAAGGCAGCUAAGGAAGCUGAUAAAUUUUUUACCCAAAAAGGUGAAGCUCUAGGAAAGAGUAAUGCCUUUCAAACUAUUUCACAGACAGCAGAGGCUGUAAAAAAAGAACUGGAUAGUCAGGGUAUAGAAGGUAAAGUAUACAGUGCACCCAAAGUAUUGAGAAAAAGAAAAGAAGUAGGAGACAUCAGUUCUGACAAACAAGUGGAAGCUAACUUAGAUGCUACAGGAGUGGAAUUGCACAAAGAUUCGAAAUUUUAUCAAUCGUGGCAAAACUUUAAGGACAAAAAUCCAUACGUGAACAAAGUGCUAGACUGGAAAAUAAAAUACGAAGAAUCAGAAAAUCCCGUUGUAAGAGCCUCAAGGUUACUCACUGACAAAGUUACCGACAUCGUUGGUGGUAUGUUCCAGAAGACUGAGCUGUCAGAAACUUUGACAGAAAUUUGUAAACUCGAUCCUAAUUUUGACAAAGUUAAGUUCCUCAAAGAUUGUGAAACUGACAUCAUCCCUAACGUUCUUGAAGCAUGGAUGCGUGGAAAUCUUGAAGUUUUGAAAGACUGGUGUCAUGAAGCUCCUUACAAUGUCAUUUCCCAGCCCAUACAGCAAGCGUUGAAAAUGGGCUAUCGUUUGGACAAUAAAAUUCUUGAUAUUGAAAACGUGGAUUUACUAAUGGGCAAAAUGAUGGACCAAGGCCCAGUCUUAGCCAUAAAUUUCACGUGUCAGCAGAUAAUGUGCAUACGUGACGCGAAAUCGAACGUCGUUGAGGGUGACCCUGAUAAAAUCUUGCGUGUCAACUAUGUGUGGGUGUUAUGUCGCGAUCCCACGGAAUUGAAUCCAAAGUCUGCCUGGCGACUACUAGAAGCUGGUGCCAGCAGUACCGAACAGUUUGUCUAGUGAAAGUUGAUAGGAAAAAGAACAAAAAAUGUAUGUAACAUAUU